UGAAGAUACUAUUCAUAUUUUACUCAGUGCUCCUUUAUAGAGGCUUAAACUACAUUCAUCUUUGACUGUUUGACUCUUAUCCUUUGAAAUUUUCAUAAUAGCUUUGUUAUAUCUAUUCCUCUUACUUAUAAUAUCCCUUAAGUCAGUUUAGAAGUAGUUGGAAACCACCUAUUGUAGCCAUGACUGAAAAUAAACAAAUGUAAUAAUAUAGCGAGCUUCAGGAAAAAAAUGUGAACUUUAGAAGAUUUUCUAAACUAAGUAUCUAGUACAAUAGACCUUGUGGCCAGUCCUCAUUAAACAAAAUACAUGGCUAUUGAUAAAAACAGACCCACAUGUAUCCCUGGCCAGAAUAUUACCCUUUUAAUAAAGGAGUUACACACUAUAAAAUUAAUUGAAAAAUAGGCUUAAACUAUCAAAGAUAUUAAUUUUAUUCCUUAAUUUCAGAUUACAUGGAUUAUUUGCUUCCUGAUCCUUCUUAAUCUCUCUAGCCUGCAUUUCUGAAAACUUGGGGAAGGCAUACAAGCUUUGAAAAGACGGAAAAUUUCUUAGCAUAAAUAUCAGUAAAACAACUCUUUCCUAUGGGAUUUUGAUGUCUCACUGAAGUAGCAAUUAAAACUGGACUCUUUUGAAGUUGUUUAUUCCAAGAAUGCACCUUCUUGAUUUUAAGGAUGAAAAGAUAGGAGCUGGAAGCAAAUUGGAUUCUGCUUCUCCAAACCUGAGCAUAUGUAAAAGAAAGCCUUUGCCCAGCAGAAUUAGCAGAUGGUCUAAAUCCCCUUGGAGUACAUGGGCUCAGUUCAACACUGAUUUGGGAUUAUUCAUUCAAAGUCCUUGGUCUUCUGGAACUUUAAUAAGGCUUUCCCUCAUCAGGCUGACGAUGGCUCACUUCACACAUAACCACUCAAGACUUCUGUGCAGCAUAAAAUAGAAGAUCAAAAGCAGGGUUGAAUGUUUUUUGAAAGAGUUUGGUAACACCAGGCAUUUGAACACUCAGUCACAUGCAGCAGAACCAGGCACAUGGAGAACAGCUGAUUCCACAAAACCAAGGGCUUGGGUUUUGCAAUGGAACGAAUAUGGUUGCUGUUGCUUCUAACAAGUAGAGUGCUUCUGGGGUCUGCUCAGUUUAAUGGCUACAACUGUGACGCCAACCUCCACAGUAGAUUUCCUGCUGAAAGAGACAUCAAUGUCUAUUGUGGGGUGCAGGCCAUUACAAUGAAGAUUAAUUUUUGCACAGUACUUUUCUCGGGUUAUUCUGAAACAGAUCUGGCACUGAACGGAAGGCACGGGGAUUCCCACUGCAGGGGGUUCAUCAAUAACAACACCUUUCCCGCGGUGGUCAUUUUCAUCAUCAAUCUCAGCACCUUGGAGGGCUGUGGAAACAACUUAGUGGUAUCCACAAUUCCUGGAGUCAGUGCUUAUGGGAAUUCAACUUCAGUACAAAUAGGAAAUAUUUCGGGAUACAUUGAUACUCCAGACCCACCAACAAUCAUCAGCUAUCUACCUGGGCUUCUUUACAAAUUUAGUUGUAGUUAUCCAUUGGAAUACCUGGUUAAUAAUACCCAGCUUGCCUCGUCCUCAGCUGCUAUUUCUGUGAGAGAGAACAAUGGUACAUUUGUCAGCACUUUGAACCUGCUCCUUUAUAAUGAUUCAACCUACAGUCAGCAGUUAAUUAUCCCAAGUAUAGGAUUACCUUUGAAAACCAAAGUGUUUGCAGCUGUACAAGCCACUAAUCUGGAUGGCAGAUGGAAUGUCUUAAUGGAUUAUUGCUACACAACCCCAUCAGGGAACCCAAAUGAUGAUGUUCGAUAUGAUCUCUUCCUUAGCUGCGACAAAGAUCCUCAGACCACUGUCAUUGAAAAUGGCAGAAGCCAGCAAGGCCGGUUUUCCUUUGAAGUGUUCCGAUUUGUGAAACACAAGAAUCAGAAAAUGUCCACCGUCUUCCUGCACUGUGUUACCAAGCUCUGCAGAGCUGAUGACUGCCCCUUCCUUAUGCCAAUUUGCGGCCACAGAGAAAGGCGGGAUGCAGGGAGGAGGACCACUUGGAGCCCCCAGAGCACGUCUGGAAAUGCAGUCCUCUCUGCUGGUCCCAUCAUUACUCGGAGUGAUGAGACUCCAACCAACAAUUCACAGCUUGGUUCUCCAAGGGAACCUCCCUUCCAGCUGAAUGCCAUCACCAGUGCACUGAUAUCAGGAAUGGUCAUCCUGGGAGUGAUGAGCUUUUCCCUUCUCCUGUGCUCACUGGCCCUUCUAUACAGGAAGGCACCCACCAGUUUGGUGUUGAAUGGCAUAAGAAACCCAGUCUUUGACUGACUUUAACAGGUCCCUUCUCUCAGGAGGACUCACUGACUACACCCUGUGUUACUGCAGUCAGUGUUUUCAUCCAAAUUGAAUGCCAGCCAGCAUUUGAUAUUUGUAGGUUUGAUAGAUUUCACAGUGUAGUUCGUCAGCAUGAUGAUAGUGAAAGAAUUUGGGUCGCAUUAAGUAUGUGGUCAGCCCUAUUUGUAUGGCACCAAUGGGUAGAAUGACAACAAGCCAACCAUAUUCAGGACUCAGAUCUUACAAGAUCAGUCAUAUUUCAUUUUAUUUCAAUUUUCUUUUGAUAAUUGGUUGUUAUAGAGAUAAAAGGUGGGCAUAGAAAAAAUAUACAUUUGUUGCAUUCUUCCCCCUAAGCAUUUAUAUCCAAUGUGCUGGCAUUUAGAUUGUUUAUGUGGUCCUAAAUUGAAAGUUACUUUUUUAUUUGUUUUUUUUUUUAUUCCAGAUAAUUCCAGCUUGGGGAUAUGUUUUAAUUGGACUGGUCAAUUUGGACACCUGAGAUUUAAUUACUCUUUCUGUGACCUGAGUUUUUGGCCGAUUUCCAUGUCUGAUGACAUUCAUUUAAAAAACAAACAAACAAACAAACAAACAAACAAACAAACUCAGGAAAUGUGUCUUAACCUGGAGCACCUACUUGUGUAGCAGAAUGUAAAAAUAGUUGUUAACCUCUAAAGGAAACCAAGUGACCCUAGGUCAUUAUUCAUUUACAUGGGAGUGGCUGUGCUCAGUUUUCUCCUGGUUCACUGAGAAAGUCAGCACAAGUUCACUUUCCUCCCAGGUAAACAAGUCAGCUGCAUUUUCAGCUGUGCUUCCAGCAGUGAGGCAGCUGCAGAGAUCAUUCUUCAUUCAAGAGCCAUUGCAUGGGAAAACAAACCAUAGUUGUGGGAGUGGACAUUGUCCCCACACAUAAGCAUAAUGUUCCCAUGGGGUUUUUAGUAACCUAGUUUCCUUUUGUCCCUAUGACAAAGAGUAAACAGGGUAAGUGUGUUUUGCAGAACAUUGUUGAGUCUCUAUGAAAAAAAUGUCCCUUUCCCACAAAUUUCUGAUGCUAGCAAAGCAAAUAAUCUGGAAGAGCCCUACUUUUUAGGUGUCUUCUUGAAAGUGUCAUGAUGGCCAUGGAAUAAACAGUAUUUUCCUGUAA